UUUUCGAUUUUGACGAAUUCUCUAUACUAGAUAGAGAAAAAAUAAGAGGAAGGAGAUUGAUAUCGGAGAUGAUACACAUAAAUUUGCAAACCAAUCCAAUAAACACUAAAGAAGAUAUAAAUAAGUUGAAUGACAAAUAUUCUCAAUUUCUAAAAUCUCAAUAACACUUUCAUCACAUCCAAUAGUUUACUUUUCUCGGUCAUUUACUUCUCUCCUAUCUCAAGGUCCUAAAUCUGCUUUUAAAUGUAUUCAUUCGCAUCUUAAAUUGUAUUGUGUCUUUUGAAUGUAUUGCGAUGCCUCUGUUUUCGUCGAUUAAAUGAGUUAGUUGACGACGUGACAUUCGUCCGUCCACACGUGCAUUCAAACACGAUUCUGAUCGGUGGUUUAGCGAAUUUUGGAGCAGUGGGAACCACUUCGCUUGUAUUUUACCUCAAAGUGGUUCGAUGAACGUCUUGUAAUGGCUGAAUCUAUAUAUCAAUCGCUUAAUGAUCCGAUUGCAAAACUGUUUUACUACUUUCUAGAAUGGAUUUUAAGAAAAAUAGUCGGAACCAACGAAUUCUUUCAAAGCGACAAAGUAGUUAUUACUUCAUUGGAUACGAAAAUGAGACUUUUGUUUAAGGAAUUGCUCGAAGGUUAUAUAGACCGUCAAAAAUUGAACUCUACAAAAUUGGAGAUGAUCGAUCCAAAAAAUGAAAGUCUCUUCAUGUCCUUAGAAAAUGUAUAUUUCGGUGUCAGAGUAAUGACUGGUCUACAAGAUCCCAAGCUUGCUACGAUGCGGAACGCAGUGACUGAUUUUAAAUUUAGGUGCCGUCAAAUGUUAAUAACAAUGUGCAUUUAGAUCAAACAACGUUACGAUUUCGCUGAAAAUAAUUUGCUGUCGAGCAUUAGUUGCUUUGAUCCAAAAAUUGCAAUGUCUUUAAAUGCAGAAAGGCCUCAAAGCAUCCAUCAGAUCAUUGCACAACUUCCGCGCAUCGUUUCAUCGGAAAAUUUAAACACAAUUCAACUUAUAGACGACCAAUGGAGGAAGAUGCCAAACGAAGCAGCGUUUCGAGAUUUUGUAUCAGAGACUCCAGAUUCAUUCCGGUUCAGGGUAAGAGGAUCCGAAAAUUUACUUAGGGAACAAGAAUAUAAAGAAUUAGGGCAAUUUGUCCUAGAUGUUUUUGUCUUGCCACAUUCAAAUGUGUCAUGUGAGCGAACUUUUUCAAAGGUGAAUAUGGUGAAAACAAAGUCGAGAAAUAAAAUGAUCACCAGUACUUUACAAGGAUUAAUCGCUGCUUCGGAAUGCAUCAGUCAAGUAGGAUGCAUGAAUUUUAAGCCUUCGGAAAAAAUGCUACAAUGCAUGACUGCAAAUACAAUUUAUGGUCCUAAAGCCUCCAAAUGUAACAAAACGCGUGUUUGUGAGAAUACGGAAAAGACUGCAGCUUCUGUUGAAAUCGAAGAUAUGGAGUAUGAUAUAACCUUUGAAACAGAAUGAGACAUGAGACUGAAAUGAGUCGAAUGUGAUUUACAAAAUAACAAAAAGUAUUAAUUAAAAUUCAAAUUUUUAUAGUAAAAUAAAAAAAUAUUUAUAACAAUUAUCUCAAUAAAAGUAUGUAAAAUUAGUAAAAUCGCAUGUUUCAAUUCACUGUCAUUGUGAAUACACCUUUACUCAUUUUUUCUCUCUCAGUUGCUCUCACUUUUUCUUUGAACCAACUCUUACGCAGGCGUACCAUAAUGUUAGGGAUAAUUCCAUAAUUUUGAUUCGUUAGUUCCAUAAUUUUCCCUGUAGGAUCUGGCAACGCUGAUUAACCUUCUUAUUUUACAAAAUUUCUCGUGUUUAUUUAAUAAAAUUAAUUAAAUACGACGAAAAAAUAGUUUAUAGUGCACUAAAAAAACAACGAAUAAACGGUUUAAACGAAAAAUGGUACCUGUGGUAAAACUUAAAGAGGACUUUUAGAAAAGGUACGAAAAAUUGGCAGUGUAAAUCGAAAAUUAUUAUAAUAUUUUAAAAAUAAGA